ACUUCUAUUUAUUUAAUAAAGAAUUAAUGCUUAAAUACAGAAUAGUUUGCGUUUGAUCAUACAAAAUACUGCUAGUAAUCGUAUGUAUUUGAUUACUAAAUAACGAAUAAAAAGUAUCCGAUUGUCUGAAACUUCGCUCCAUCUCCUUUGUUGUACCACAAUUCUGAUCGCUAAGGCAUGUCCAUCAUUUGUAAAUUAAAUUUAUUUUUUAAAUAAUUAAAAAAAUGGUUCAGUACUGUUUCAUCUGCAAAUGGAAAGCUAAUAAAGAACCUCGAAGAUCAUUUCACAAAUUUCCUUCUGGAGAAUCGGACAAAAAAAAAUGGCUAAAUAUUAUCGGAAAAGACGAUGUAAAUGUGGGUAAGCGGGCAUCAGUAUGUUCGAUUCAUUUCAAAAAGUCUUGUUUUCGUUAUGGAUUAGUCAACAACAGAGAAAUGCUGAAACCCAAAAGUGUUCCAUCGUUAUAUUUGGUCAAAACAACAGAUAUUUCAGAAAUAGUAAAAGAUGACCUACCUUGCACUGAAUCGUCUUUACAAGAUUGUAUUGAUGUAGAUUAUAAUGAUGUUGCAGCAAAUACUCGUUUAAAUGAAAAUGUAUCAGUGAUUCCAGAAAGAGACACAUCAACAUCAUUUAUAGAUAAAAAAGAAGUCUCAGAUGAUAUCACGUGUACCGUCGAUGUAGCUGCUUAUAGAAAAAUAAAAAAUCAAUUAAUGCAAGAAAAAAGAAAAAAUUUUAAUUUAAAACGAAUGGUUUCCCGAAUGAGACAACGAAAGGACUUAUUAAAAAAACAAAAUAUCGCUUUAAGGAAGAAAAGUGAAGAUAAGUGUAUUGAAAAUAAACUAUUACAUGUAAGUAUUGCAAUCGCAGGAAAAUUGAAAUCCAGAAAAUCCAAAAAAUAAAGC